AUGCAUGUAGUAGGUGUUCCACCUGCUGAGAUCCAGGUGCUGUCCGAGGUGCUGGAGCUCCAACGUAAAUACGUGUACCAGCCGAUGACCCCCGUAGAACAGCUUCCGAGCACGGAGAUUCCUGCCAAACCCCGAGAGCCCACCAACACCAUCCAGAUCUCGGUCUCCCUCACGGAACACUUCUUGAAAUUCGCGUCCGUCUUCCGGCCUCCCCUGCCCCGCGACUCCCCCAGGUAUUGCACCAUUUCCGACCUCUUCAUCGACAGCUAUCAGGUCAAGUGCAUCAAUGGGAAAAUGUGCUACGUGCAGAAACAAGCCCUGCCCCAUCCCCACCCCGCGAGCCCCGAGGACGUCUCUGCACACGAUGCCUUAAUUUCAAAAGAGAGCAAUACACCAAAAAUCAAUCACUGCUCUUCUCCUUCGAGCUCCGAGGACUCGGGGAUCAACGCGAUUGGGGCUCACUACAUGGAAUCCUGUGACGAGGACACAGAGGAAGGAGCCGAGCUGAGUUCAGAGGAAGAUUACAGCCCAGAGAGCAGUUGGGAGCCGGAUGAAUGCACCCUUCUGUCCCCCUCCCAGUCCGACCUGGAAGUCAUUGAAACAAUAGAAACCACUGUGUGAGACACUGAGGACUCGUACCCCAGGGAUGGCUGCUGGAGAAGCUUCGGCUACCAUAUUGGAUCCAUUUUCCCCUCCCCUGCAAUGGACAUUUUCUAAACCGUGUCACUAAGAGCAGAGAACUCGUCAUGCCUCCGUAAUGGGCUCCCCUGGUUCACUUCUGUCUGGCAGAGCACUUUUCUGAAGCUUAUCCCCACAUUCUAGUUUUCUUAUUUUUAGAGGUAUGGUUGGUCCCUCUCUUCUCUAGUCAUGGUUGCAGAGCAUCGUGAAGACUUUUAUAGGAACUACCCGAGGGUGAAGGGGACGUUGUGCAUCCUUCACAGUGACCUCCGACCGUCCUUAUCUCACUACUCUUGUUCAUGAUGCAAUCCCAGUAAAUAGCCAUUUGCCCUGCC